AAAAAAAUCACUGCCCAAACGAGAUAAAAUGUUGUGUUGUAAAAGGGUUGUCUUGUAUUAUUAAAUAAUUUGCAAAUCCAUUGCAUAUAUUCCUAAAGGCGAAAUAAAACUAAAUAAAGUGCUUUUUGACUCUUUGUGAUAUAUUAAAUGCCAUUUGAUUAAUUUUGAAAAUUUUAUAAUGCAAAAUAUAAUCCCUAUGUGUACCGUAAUUCUUAAAAAUCGCAAUUUUUAAUUAAUCCUGGAAAAUUAGGAAUGAACAUAUAUUCAGCAUAUAAUAUAGGAAACUAAAUAAAUUUAUUUAACUACAAGCAACCACGGAUGGAACACAUAAAAAGAAAAUACAUUUAUAUACUCUUCAGUUAACACAAUGCAACAAAGAGGUGCUCCAAAUGCCAUAAUGGAAAAGGAAGAGAGUCAAGCUACCACAAAGAAUUCAUUUCGGGGAAGGUACAAAUCGAAAUUUUUAGUGCGCAGCCAUGCAAUGCGUGAAGAGCAAUCACCGCCCCGCGAGCCUUCGCCUCACCGUCUUGUAUCGCCUGCUAUAAAACUGACGCCGUCGCCGGAACCGGCGGCCGAGGCAUCAACUUGUUUGAGCGGCGGCGCAUCGCCCUCCUCGAACGCCGGCUGCACCUCCCCUACGUCAACUUUGGUUCCAUCCCCUAAUUCCAGGUGUUCUCCACAUAGUGCUUCCUCGGGGCAUAUUGGGCGUAGUUGCGAAGUUUAUUCAGAUGGAGAAAGUCCGUGUUCGCCAUGCAGUCCUAAGUACCUGGACAAGAUAAACUGUCAGAAUGUGGAGAAGGAACACAAACAAUCUAGUCAUGUAAAUAGUAAUAGGAAAAAACUCAUAUGUGAUUGCCCGAACCAGAACUGCAUCAAAUGCUCGGGCCAGGACAAAACGCUUAAUAACAAUAACUCGAACAUAAAUAACAACGUGAUCAGUCCAAACACACUGACCGUUGUCAAAUCAACGUCAAGGGGAAAACUACGGCAACAGAGCUCCUCGCAAGGCAGUUUUGAGGGAAGUUCUACGAAUUCGCCCUGUCUUUCCAGAGACAGCAGUUCAGAAUACACUGAUACAACGGGCGUGGAUUUGGAAAUUUUUAUUCCAGAAACAUUGAACCGAAAUGCUAAAGAUAGAGCCCUUAUGUUGAGAAUAGAACAGGAACUAGUCACACUUGCCAAAGAUAGAAAUCAAUCUUACUACAAGUUCCCGCCAAUGUCAAGCUACCAGCGCAUGCUGGUUCACCGGUGUGCGGCCUAUUUCGGCAUGGACCACAAUAUAGAAUCUUCCGGUAAAUGCGUGGUGGUCAACAAAACCCGAGUCACCCGCAUACCGGACGUCCCGUUUAAGGAGCACAUUAAACCGGAAAUUGUUUUUGCCGAGGAACCCAGAAGAUCCAUAUUGAAAAGAGAUUCGAAUAGCAUUGAAGAUUACGGAUUUAAAUCGCCCGACAGAUCUUUUAGUUUGGAGAAUAGAAGAAGCAAGAGCUUUGAGGAGAGGGAGGAGGAGUACGAGAAAGUAAGGAGAAGGAUAUUUAAUAGAGAGUUACUUGAGGGUUCUGAUUAUGAUUGGCCCGAAAUUCCGUGGUCGAGUUCAGAAAGCGAUUUCUCUGGCAAGUACCGUCUUCAGCCGCCGGAAUCUCACCAUCGCCAUUUUGGAAAGCUAAUCAAGGUUCAAUCUGAAGAUACCGGCGAAACGCUAAGACCCUGCGUGGCCAAAAGUUACAGUUUUGGAGGAUAUGGAGGCGUACUUAGUAGGGGCGAUAGCAUUAUGUCCACGCACAGUGCCGGACCAAGACUGCUCACAAAACAAGAUUCAGGAUGCAGUUCAGUAUCGUGGAGGCUCAGCCCUUCGAGUUCCGGUUACAAAUCUCAAUCGCAAAUGUCGGAAUCCGUCACGCCGUCUCCUACGUCGACGCCACAUCCUGUCGACGCCAGUCGACAAGACUCUGCAUUGACCGACGACGAAUCAGCCAGGAUUCCUGAGCAGCUCGUGUGGGCCGUUACUGAUAUACAUAACGUGCCCAAAGGCAGUGUCAUCAUUAAUCCACAGACUGGCAAACCUGUAAAAAACCACGACGGGUCCAUCUACCACUAUGACCCGCAGAACCCUCCAGGUUACAUGACUACAAACAAGCCGCCGCCGUCGCCACAAAAAAUCCUGUCAAAGGAGACGAAUACCUCGCCGAAAAGACGUUCGGCUAAAACGUCUCCGGUGCGGACCAAAUCGAACGUGACUACUACUGCGACGAGUCCCAGUUUACCGUACGUGUCUCCAGCAGGAACGCCCCAGCAGAUCAAGAGUUUUCAGUUUGUGCAGCAGAGCCAGGAUCCGGUCCCAAGCGUUCAGCAACCACCGCCACCGCAACAGUUUAGUCAAGUGUUUAACAAUGGCUUCCCAGCUAGUCAAGAAAACGUUGCUGUCUACCAAUCACCUCAACAAGCUUUUCUUAUGUAUGCUACAACUCCUUAUUCAAUUCCAAUGCCCGCGCAACAAUUCGAUGGACGAAUAAUACAAGAAGGUACACAAAUCGCCGAAAUACCAAGUUCUUAUUACGUGGCCGAUGGAGUGGCUCCACCCCAAACCCAACUAACCUAUCAACAGCAACCUUCGUCAUACUGGAACCAACAACCAAUCGCAUAUUAUCAUAAUAAUCCGCAGAAUUCGGCUAAUCAACGAUUUGCUGUACCCAUACCUCAAACUCAAACAGGAUACAUACCCCAAGCAUACCAGCCGAACUACCUGCCUCAACAACAGCAAGCCUGCCAGGCUGCCGACAUGCUGCCCCUUUACCCGCCUCCCAACCAGCUGCCGGUCGUAUAUCAGCAAGCGAGUCAAGCCGCGACGGCUGCCACCACCCAGCCUGCAAACGCUGCGGCCGCCGCCAUGAUCUACGGCGGCCAGCAGGUCAUGUACAAUCCAAUGUAUCAAGCUGCACCCAACUCCGUGUAUCAAACUGCGCAAACGCACCAACCGCCAUAUCCCACGACGCCAACGCCCAACAGCUGUGCGUCGUCGAUAUCAAACGCACAGCAGCAGCAAUACAGCACGAGAGACCAAAAUUUUGUUCAUCUUGCACAAGGUAUGCAACAAAUGUCUAUUGGUAGCGGUUUGCAGGGGGGAUCUGUCAAGAAUCCGCCACCUCAAUCUUCCUUCCAGUACGACCGCCCGAAAAGUUUUUCCAAUGGUAACAAGUUUGGCAGCCCCAAAGGGUUUGUGAUGGUUUCAAGUCAAAGCAGUACGGGCACAAAUUCGCCGGCGACCACUGUUAUUUCGGGCUACUGUCCGAACAGCGGGGUAGAGGGCGCGUUUAGGACGCCGCCUGACACGCCACUUCAAUAUGGCUACAGACCGACGACCUUCUAUCCGCCACCUCAAAUGUUCAGACAAAUUAGCAAUGUGAGGACCCCAACUCCGGGUACAAAUUGGAGUAGUCGAUCUCCUACUCCAGCAAGCGAUUACGAACGUCAGAGGAUGUCACUGCCUCCUAAUCUCAUUAAUCAAAAAAUGCCUUACGUUUUACAAUCUUCGGGUAAAAGUCAGACAACUUUAUAUAGGCAGCAACAUUACCUAAAUAAUAAACAGCACAGCUUUAGUCAAGGUACCGAAACAAGAUCUUAUAGGGGAAGAAGGCCCAAAUAAAAAUUGUAUAUGGACUCAUAAGAGAAGAUGAAGUUGACUUUUGCCGGAAAAGCCAUCAGGACUGCCCCCUACCGUAAACCGUACGUUUCCUUAACAUAUUUGUAUGUUUCACAUCGAUUUUUGUGCCCAAUUGUUGUUAAUUAUUACAAAGUAAAGGGUAAGAUGUUCCUUUUAUUUUAAUUUUGGUCUUUUUGUUCCCAAAAAAUAAUUUUAGUAGUACUUAAAAUUACCGGAAUAUUUAAUCUGUGGUUAGAUGACAAAAUAUAAAUUUUGUUUUCUAUAAUUUAUAUUAUCCCUAUAGGUAGGUAUUCAUACAUAUAUUUUAAUUAUAAUAUACUUUAUGUUGAUAUACUUAAAUAAAUAUUUCAGCUUUUCUAUAAAAUAAUAUUUAUAAUUGAGUAUUCGAGUCGGCUUUGUCACGUAAUAGCUUUUUUGUAAAUGUAUAUUUUGCAUUUCCAGAAACAGUCACCAUGUAAGAAAAAAUCAACCUAAUGACUAAAAACGAGAAAAAGCAGAUAAAGCAUGUCAAAGGAAAAUCCGGUAUAUCGCGCAGGUUUCUUGCAAUAAUAAAAAAUCCUACCCACCACUUUUACCAGAAUCUAUAAAAACCAUACAAAUUUCGGUAGUUAUUACGUUAGAACAUGGAUUAUCUUAAAAACUAAUUUAAUGCCUAAAAACUACUUGUUAAAUGUUAUAACUUAUAUAGAGUUUUCGGAAAAUAGUGUGCAAUACUCUACACGUGAUUUCUAAAUACAAAAAUAGGAAUAGAAAUCUUCUUAUAUACAUACCUACAUAUACCUACAUAAUUAAAAAAUAACAAUUUUUUUUUAAAUUUAUGAGUGUAGGGUUUUUAGGGUAUUUUUGGUGUGCAAUUUUUUUUUGCAAGUUGGCUGCAGAAUAUAAAAAUUUAAAGUUUAGAGUACGUAAAAAAGGUACUCCUGAAAAUCGAAAAAAUGCACCAUUUUUGAAUAACAAUUUAAUAAGAAAUUAAAAAAAUAUAUCUUUUUUUUUAAAUUUAAUAUAUUUAACAAGAAAUAUUAAUAUUAUUAAUAAAAAAUACAUAUAUUUUCCAAAAAUACAUUAUUUUAUCUCAAACCCUUUAUGGGCUCUGUAGGUUCCUUAGGGGUAAUUGCUGACCUAUGUUUACAAAAAGUUUUCCUCCUUUUUUUGGCCCUAAAAAUAGCUUGUAGAUUUCGGGACACCCUGUAUAAUAAUACCAACAUAACAGGGCGGCCAGUGACCUACGCGCAGAUACCGUACGCGCAGGUUUCUUUCUUACUCCGUUCAUAAAUGCCAACCAGAGAAACAGACUCUGUUUCUCUGUUUAACAGAGUAAUAAAAUGCACGUGCAUACCCUGUGCGUACGUCACUGGCCGCGCCUGCUACAUAAUAUCGAUUCAGCAGUGGCGGCUGGUGGAUUUUGGCACACCCAUAUCUCAGUUAUUAGACAUGGGACCCACAUCAAAUUUAUAUGAGUUUAUAAUGACAUUAUAUAGACAAGUUCUGCGCAAGCAGAAUUUAAAUUAAAGUUUGCGAAAAAAAGUUAGAUUUAGUAAAAGAAAUAAUAAAACUUAUAAAUGGUAUAAAACCUGUAAUUCCUGAAUUUUUUUAAUAAAAUUUAAAAUUUGUCGAUAAACUUCAGUGAAUUAAAUAUUGUACCACUUUAAUUUGAAUUAUCUUAAUUUGGAGGGGCAGGAGGCUGG